AUGCCCAAACAGUGGCUUUCAAGGAAAUUCGAGAUGAUAAGAUUGCUAUUAUCUGGAUCUUUAUCCUCCAUCAAUCAAGCUCAACUGCUCCCACUUGUCGAUGAGCUUGUGUUUUCGAUUUUGAUUUGUCUAGUGUCAAAUCAGAGAGGGUUGAUACUCAAUGUUCCGCCUGAGCAUGUCAGACUUACUAGGAAGACGGUCGAGCAGAUCAUGAUUAUUGUCUUUGGAUUCACGACCAGUUCUACCAUUCUCGACUCGGAAUUAACGGAUCUGCCCUCUGCUCUAUUUAUCAAAACAUCGUCAAACCACAGCACAACAGAGUCACCUCCCGUCACGCCAACAAAGGACAGCGCACCGCCUAUACCAACAACAUACCGACGACGGCCAUUUCGCAGUGAAACAAUGCCGGUUCAAACAACGACAGCACAGGAAGCUGAAAUAUCCGUCGUGGACGAUGACGACGAGGAUCGUGCUGCUAAUUGGAGAGCAGUAAGGAAUGCUAGCGUAUCAGCACCACCUCUACCGCCCAACAUUCUCGUACACAGCAACAGCAGUACCAGCAAUGUCAAUUCAUUCACAAAUCCAAUGCCGAAAGAAAAUGCUGAAUCUCUGACAGCAUCACGUGGUGGACGUGUAUCGAAUAGUAAUCUGAGGUUUUUCGCAUCGCGGAAUUCGUUGACUGUUGGAGGCGGCUUGUUGGCGAGUCAAUUGAGUGUGAAUGUUGCUGGGAAGAAGCUACCGAAUGCUGUGAUUUUAGAGGGAUUGGAGAAUGUGGAUGCUACUAUACAGGCUGCGUUGUUAGAGAUAAUUGUGACGCAACAAGUCAAGGAAAAGAAUGCAGUGCAUAAUCUGCCUGAUCCGUUCAUUAUUGUUGUAGUGGUCUCCAACUCGAAGCAGCCUGCAAUAAUACCUCAGUUGCUCGAUCGAAUCUUUCUCUGCCAUUACAACGAAGGCCCAUUGCCAAAACUAGCUCCACACAACUUGAUUAUUAAGACGAUUAUCUCGCCAGAGGAAUUGGCCGAGUUGCGGUCACAAGCUAAAAACGUCUAUGUGCAUCCCGACGUAGCAACAUACUGCAGAGACAUAAUCACAUCGCUGAGAAAUCACAAGCUGGUCCAAACAGGUGUAACUGCGUUGGCGUCUAGAGAUCUGAGUACCGCUGCAACGACUGUGGCAGCAAUACUUGGAUACAAUAUAAUGACUCCAGCUCAUGUCUCGAUUAUCGCAAGUCACGUUCUCGCUCACAGGCUUAUGCUGGCUCAUUUGUCGCUAUAUUCUACUGAUGAGAUACGACAUGAGUUUGAGCACGUUUCGGCGCUGGAUAUUGUUGAGAGUUCUGUUGCGCAGGUGCCGUCACCUCAAUGA